GAUGGCGACGGGGAGCUGAGCGCACGCGCCUCUCUCCGUGCGGCGCGCUCCAUUCCGCUGCAACACGAGCGACCCUUCUUGAUUCACACAGAGAGAAGAGAAAAAGUGAGCUUAAGUAGACGCAAGGACAAGUUGACAGCUCACCGGUGCAUUUCCUCUUACAGAAAGCUGGUUCCCAGCUCUCAGCCCCCCGUCCGGGCUUCGGACACGGCGAUGCGUAACGCCGGCGGUGCUGUGCGGACUGGAGGCUCCCUGCGGCGAUGGGUCGGGCGGUGAGAUGAGCGGCGGGCGGCGUGGGGGAGGACGCUGAGGCAACGCGGUGAGAAAGGGACGGGGCCGCCUCAUGUGUCGGGGCUCCGCUGUGUUCUGGUCCCCACCAACCCACACCCUCCCAGCGUCAGUGGGAUGUCCCAGGUGCGUCUCCUCUUGGCCUUGCUGAUGCUCUGCAGCUGCCCAAAGGUUUCCUGCACUAACUCCUUGGAGCUCUUGAAGGAGCAGUGGAGCAGCUACAAAAACCAGUGCCUGGACUACCACUUCGCCACGCCCCCCGCCAGAGGGCUGGUGUGUAAUCGGACCUUUGACCUGUACGCCUGCUGGCCCGAUGGACUCCCAGGAACCACUGUCAAUGUCUCCUGCCCAUGGUUCCUGCCAUGGUACCGUAAAGUUCAGCAGGGUCUGGUCUACAGGUUCUGCAAUGAAGAGGGUCAAUGGGCGCAAAAGAAUACCAGUGAAUGUGAGGACGAACCUGGUGAGCAGCAGCAGCAGUAUGGCCGCAUCCUGAACCAGCUGCGCAUCAUGUACACCGUGGGCUACUCCCUCUCGCUGGGAGCUCUGCUACUGGCCCUGGGAAUCCUCAUCUCCUUCAGGAAGCUCCACUGCAUGAGGAACAACAUCCACAUGAACCUGUUUGCCUCCUUCAUCUUGAAAGCCGUGUCCAUCCUGGUCAAAGACGCCCUGCUGUCUCUCACACUGGACCCCAGGAGCAGCGCUGACAGCCGGACUCAGGCCUGGGUCAACAUACCGGCUGUCACGUGGUGCCGCGGCGCCGUGGUGAUGAUGCAGUACAGCGUGAUGGCCAACAACUACUGGCUGUUGGUGGAGGGCAUCUACCUGCACAGCCUGCUGGUCAUCACCGUGUUCAGCGAGAGGAAGUACUUCUUCAUUUAUCUGGCCAUCGGCUGGGGUGCUCCGCUCAUGUUCGUGUUACCGUGGAUCACGGUGAAAUAUCUGUAUGAGAACGAGGAGUGCUGGGAGAGGAACAUCAACAUGGGAUACUGGUGGAUCAUCCGUUCUCCCAUUGUGUUCGCUUAUCUGAUCAACUUCUUCAUAUUCAUACGAAUUAUCAAAAUCCUGAUGUCUAAACUCAGAGCUCAUCAGAUGAGAUACACUGACUACAAGUUCAGAUUAGCAAAGUCCACUCUGACCCUAAUUCCUUUGCUCGGGAUCCACGCCAUCCUCUUCACCUUCGUCAUCGACGAGUCCGUCCCUAAAGGCUCCAUGCUGCGCCUCAUUCGCCUCUUCUGUGACCUGCUCUUCAACUCUUUCCAGGGACUGCUGGUGGCCAUUCUGUACUGCUUCGUCAACAAAGAGGUGCAGUCAGAGAUGCUGAAAAAGUGGAAGCGGUGGAAGCUGGGCAAGGACAUCGACGAGGAGUACCGCCACACCCAUAGCCACACGCCGCACAUCAGGGGCGGCAGCAUCGCCGUCGGCAACCCCCCCUAUCCCAAUAACACCGGCGACUCGCCACGCCUCGACAAAGCUGGCCGAGACCCCGCCGCGCCCGAGGAGAACCGCCGACUCGUUGUCUGCUACAGCAACGGGACGGGGAAGGGAGGGCAGGCCAAGAGCGGACGCGCCCUGCGGUUCUCCUUCCUGCCACGGCGAGGCGCCGGCAGUCGCGUGAGCACCACCACACAGGACGCCUGCCUGGAGGAGAGUGCGCAGCGCGGGUCGCACCCUCUGGAAGGAGAGGAGACUAAUGUCUGAGGACGACGUGCCUCGAAGGCCCGAAAACUCUCUCUGAUUGAGCCGAUUGUUGUUUCAGAUCAGUGUUUAUUGUGGGGCGACAGGGCGGCCGGUGUUGGAGGAGAUCCCACGAUGAUCAGGGUGUUUAAACCCGCCCAGCUGCAAGUUCAUAUUUAUUCAAAAUGGGCUGUUGAUGGAAAAUGCACUUAUUGACUUGAUACAUUUGGAAUGAUAAAACAGAGUGUGUGUGUGUGUGUGUGUGUGUGUGUGUGUGUGUGUGUGUGUGUGUGUGUGUGUGGAGGACUGCUGUAUCGACACCUUUGAGAUGCAAAGAUUAAAAGACACACCUUUCGUAAUGCGGCCUCGUGCCGUUCUAGUUGUGAGUCACGCUUGUGUUGUUUGUCUGUUUGCAGCAUUGGAUGCUUUGUGGUGCAUUCCCAAAAAGAAAACUCUCAAAAGUGUCAAUUUUUUUAUUUAUUUUUCUUCUUGGAUACAUGAGACUGAAUGUGGACUUGACCAUGAGUGACUCGGGAUGUCGUGUCCAUCAGGCAGGACUGAGUAUUCUGUGUAAUAUGUUUUUGUUCUGUUUUUAAAUGGACAGAGCCAAACAAAAAAAUAAUAAUAUACCAAGACUUUGCCUCAAAUCCACUAUUUCAUGCACCUUCCUUCUUUCCUUUUUUUGGCUUCUUUGAGCAGCUUCGCCUGACUGAAUGUUUGUGAACAACCGAGAAAUAUUGUUGUAACAAUAUUUAAGUGUAUUUAUGUAAAUAGAAAUAUGUCAACACCACUUACAUUUAUCCAAUGUCAAAACUUCUCCCUCCACAUAUAUUUAGUCAAUUGGAUGAAAAUCAGAAUUUGUCCAUUUUAGUAGUUUUACAAACUAAAGUAGCUCCAGGUCACCAAUCAUCGUCUUGCUCAGUUCUGCAUCGUGUCCACACGGCCGGAAUACUAUUAUGUACCAGAAAAGGUUUUAGUCUCAUGAUAUAUCGAGUGGAUAUGUUUUUUUGAAAAGAGCACCACUGAGGAGCCACUGGAUUAUUUAUUUUAUUUUGUUUCUUCCCUGGAUUGGAUCAGGACAAAUGUGCCACACAGAACCCUCUUUAAAAUCUUUGAUUAAGAAAAUAAUUAGUCAUUUUAGAGACACAGGACAGCAAACGUGGAUUCCAUUAUUCCCAAUGCAUUUAUCAAGGAUUCUACCCAAAUAUUCAGUUUGUUGUGUAAGAGACUAUUGUCUGUCUAUAUUGGUAAAAGUGAAUUUUGGUAUUAUGUACACAUUACGUAGGGGGCGAGGGAUGUGUUGUUGUACUGUGUAUUUGCUUGCGGUUCAUGUGACUCGAAAAUGAGAAUAAACAUGACACCAUACAUGAUA